GGCCGCUGCGUGGGCCGGAGACAUUGAGACUAUCCAUGUCCUUGUUAAGGCAGGUGCCGAUAUCACAAUUACUGAACCCAUUUCUGGAACAUAUGGAACAGCUCUCCAAGCCGCAUGUGCGGCUGGCUGGUUAAAUGUUGUGCAAGAACUUUUGAAGCACAAUGCCGCAGUUAACGUCCGACCAGCUAAUGGCAUGUUUGGAGGAGCACUGUCUGCAGCUGCAGCUGGUGGACAUACAAAGAUCGUCAAGCUUCUCAUCAAACAUCAUGCCGAUGUAAACGCCAGUGGAGGUCUUCAUGGCUUUCCGAUCCUUGCUGCUGCCCAGUCUAGUGUUUUAUCCGUCGUCGAGUGUUUGCUCAACAACGGCGCAAACGCUACAGCUUCAGGAGGCCUGCUUGGGUCGACUGUGGCAGCUGCUGUCAAAGGUAACAACAUUGAAGUUGUCAGAAAGCUAAUAGAACACGGAGCGGAUGUUCAUGCGAAGGGAGGUAAAUACGGCGACGCUCUUCAGGCUGCUGCAAUGAAAGCCGAACUCUCCAUGAUUGACGAGAUUCUCGACAGGGCAAUCGAGCUUGUUAACCAUAAAGAUGGAAAGUAUCAUACAGCUCUGAUUGCAGCUUCUUACUUCAACCGUAUGGAUGUCGUCAACAAGUUGCUGGACGCUGGAGCAGAUUUCCGCCUUCAAGGAGGGGUUUAUCGGAGUGCCAUCGCUGCUGCUUCCAUCCGUGGCAACAAAGCUAUCCUGGAUCGAUACCUGUCUAUGAAGCCUCCGGAUCAUCUGCUCGAUGGAGCACUCGUUGAGGCUUGCGCCUAUCGCCAAGCUGCUUGCGUAGAUGCAUUGCUUAAAGCAGGUGCUAAUGUAUACACUCGCCAUCCAAUUCGGGGGUCCGCAUCUGAUGCUAUUGAUGCACCUGAGGAAGAAGAUUACAAUUCCGAUAUAGAAGAAGACAACUUGGAUUCAGACGCUGGAUCGGAAAAUGAUGAAGACGAAGAUGAAGACGAGGAAGAGAAAUGGGAAGGUGACAACGUCUUGGUAUCCGGCCAGACGGAUGCGGGCAGUGUAACAGACUUGCAACUGGAAGAAGAUGUUUCAGAAGAGGCGAAAAUCAGGAAGUUAUUGAAGGAGGCCCAAGACCGCUGUAAGCGCAACCCGACCGUCAAGCGUUUCAGAACAGUAAAAUAUGGCCACAUUCCAUCGCGCCUGAGUGUAGGAUCACGUCCUCGUUCGUCGGUACCACCACUGCCAUCAAAUGCGAGCCAUGAUACAUAUAAAGCUGUAGAUUCUGCAGACCGCUACGGAGCUUCAUCCGGCCAGCACUCGCAGAGUUCAUCGAGCCUACCUUAUCAUAUACGAUCAAGAACUACAGAAACCAUAACUGAGGUCGAACACGAAACACCAUAUCCUUCAAUCGGCGCCAGGGGAG